UAUAAACGGAGUGUAUACAUUGAACCGAGUUGUGUAAAAUGUUGUGUAUUGAUGGUAACGUGUUGAAUCCAGAUUAAAAAAAGUGCAGUGAGGUGUAUUAGUGAUAGUGAUGUAAAUUGUAGCUCACUCUAAACGACACCAUGCUGCCUACAAAUGUGAUGUCCUUUAUGAAGAAGAUGGUGGCAGCAGAUGAAACGGCAAACACAGUCCCAGGACAAAUAGACAAUCCGGGUGCCUUCGGAAAACUGCGCCAGACUCUCUCAUCGUCAUUACUCACAGCACAAGACAAAGUAACUAAAUUGGGACCUCGGACUGUUGUAACGGAGACUGUAGAGCCAGCUCCUACUCCACCGCCAGCCCAACCGCCACCCCCAGCACAACCCGCUAAGACUGAACGCGAGGCCGGCAAAGCUCCUUCGCGUGCCGGCGCGUGUCGAGUAUGUCUAAAAGCCUUGAAGCCAGGCGAAGUAUUCCACAUAUGCAAUGGCUGCCAGCAUAGAGUGUGCGAAGACUGCUCUUCCUACUCCAAGCCGGCUAGCGAUGACGAAGCUAGUUCAUGGCGAUGCUCGGUAUGCCGCCGCAAGGCCGGGCCGCGGUUGCCGCCCGCUGCACAAGACAGCACAGAUUCUCUUCUAGACGUGCCCAUACUAGAGGCUCUACAGCGGCGACACUCGGAGGCUAGGCUCGGCAGCGGUGGUAGCAGCAGUGGUCUCGCACCGCCUCGAUCACCAGAACUGAGGCGACAUUCAGAUGUGUCGCCAGCAUCUUUAAAGGAAUUGGAAAAGUUAAAGGGCGGCGGCAGCACAACGCCCAUGGUGGAGUCGCGGCGGCCGAGCACGGUGACGCCGGCGCGGCGCCGCUCGGUGCGCACUCCGCAGCCGCGCCAGCACUCGUGCGACGAGGAGCAGAAGGCGCACCAGCCCGCGCUCGCCGCGCCGCCGCCCAUGUCACGCAGGGCGUCAGCAGUGGACGUAGUGGCUGCGGGAUCCCGCCGCGGCUCGUACCGCACGGACACGGAGCCGGCCGACAGCGCGCCGCAAAUCGCCGGCCUCAGCGUAGACGAUGAGCGACCUGUCAGGCGACGGGGCAGCCAACUGCCUGAUAUAGCGGCUCUGCAGCAACGAACGGGCGCUUUAAGCGCCAUGGCCGCAUUAGCGUCUCGGACGUCAGAACAAAGCGAAGCAGCGGCUGCGUCCGCGAGCGCUGCAGCCGCUGCCGCCGCAGCAGCAGCCGCUCGGCAAAUGUCUGUGGACGCGGAAGCCAUCAAAAUUGUUAUACAUGAUGUAGAUGAUCGUACACCACGAAGAGUCACUUUGCGACGAGAUCCCAACGAUAAAGGCCAUCGAUCCCGAGGCUUCGGCAUGCGCGUGGUCGGCGGGAAGCCCGACGCGAGCGGGCGGCGCGAGGCCGUCAUCGUGUGGACAGUUCCCGGCGGGCCCGCCGACCUGGCCGGUCUGCAGCAAGGGGAUAAGGUCCUAGAAUGGUGCGGGGUAUCACUAACCGAGCGAAGCUUUGAAGAAGUAUGCGCAGUGUUGGAACGUGGCGGGGACACCGUGGAGCUGCUGGUGGAGCCUGCGCACCAGAUGGACGAGCCCGCGCCGGCCGCUCUGCCGCCGCACCACCACGCUCUUUAUGAACCUGAAACGGACAAAUCGCCGUCGUCGCCGACUCGACGGAAAUUGCCGAAAACCCCGGAACAGGAGAGAGCGGAGAGGGCCCGGGAGCGUCCACCAGCAAGAGCACAAUUGCAGGUGUGGUUCGAGUGCGAUCUGCGCAAAUUGAUUGUCCUUCUCAUCGCGGCUGACGACCUCCCGCCGCGAGACCACACGCUCGGCUACGGGGAUGAGCCUGAAGCGUUUGCAAGGAUACGGCUUUUACCGUCGCUGGAAAGUUGUCCGCCCGUAGAGACGGACCCAGCCUCCGCAUCUUGCAGCCCCGUGUGGAACGCGACUCUCAGUUUUGGCGGACUCACCGCGGACCUGCUGGCCGGGCGUGCCCUCGAACUGACGCUAUGGGACGCGUGCCCAGGGAUAGAUCCGGUGCUGAUUGGAGAGUGCACUAUGGAUUUGGAGAAGGCAUUCGCCGAAGAGCGCGCAGUGUGGUGGACGCUGGAGGAGCGUGGGAGUCGCUCUGCCAACGCUUCACCCCGCUCGUCCUUGUCCGGCGCUCGUGCUCUGCGCCGCGGGGACUUUGCAUCGCAGCGAUCUGUGUCUGAUGACGUGGAUUCGAUUGGUGAAUGUGCGUCUCUGCUUCACCCAGACCACGCUUGGGUAGCUGGAUCCCGUCGAGGCUCGUCUCAAUCUGAAACCCUGGAAGUGGAAGUUUAUCAACUGGGAAAGGAUUUCUCUCGCUCUCUGCCUGGAUCACGCAGGUCUUCGUUUCAACAACAGGAUAAAGAUGGCGCGGGCGCGGGCGAGGCCAGCCCGGUGUGCGUGUCGCGGCGCGAGCGGCGGCGCUCCUCGUGCGUGCGCCGCGACCCCGACGACAUCCUGCGCUCGCUGCGCGCCGUCAAGGGUGAGCUCGGUCGCACGCUAUCGCUCUCUGGCUCCACUGCACGACGUACGGCGACGGGGCGCAAGGGCAGCAUGUGGGCGGCCGUGCCCGCGGCGGCGGCGUGCGGCGCGCUGGAGGCGGACGGCGCGGACGGGCACGUGCCGCUCGGGCCGGGCCAGUUGCCGCCGCGCGGCGCUGCGCUGCCGCCGCUACACGCCGAGAUCAACAUCAGCAUCAUCAUGAUCAAGGGGCAGCUGGAGCUUGAGGUUUCCCAUGCUCGUCGAGUGUAUGGUGUGAACGGUGAGGUGCCAGAUUCGUAUGUGAAAUGUUACCUUCGAGACGGUGACAAGUGGCUGCAUAAGCGCAAAACACGCGUCAUCCGUCGUACAACCGAGCCUCACUUCAAGCAAACACUCAAAUAUCAGGCGAGCGAAUCGCUCGGACGCAUUCUCGUAGUGAUGUUGUGGCAACGCUGCGGCGGAUUCGAGCACAACCUAGCGCUGGGCGGCGCGGAGAUCUGCCUCGACAAGCUGACACUGCCGCAGCGCACGUACGGCUGGUACCCGCUGUUCCCCGCCACCUCGCUCGCGGCCGACGAGUCGCCCGACUGAUCCAGGGAGCCGUCGCCCGAACGCAAGGACGACUAGUCGCCGGCUACUAGUCGCUAGCCGCUAGCCGCUUGCCGCUAGCCGCUAGUCGCUAGGCGCUGGACGCUAGCCGCCUCGCCCGCGACGGCUCCCCCGAAUCGGUCGAUUCCUCACGCGUUGGAAACAGCUCUGCCCCAAUUUGUCCCUUGUAAUGAUGUGCUGACGACUGAUGCGCACGGUCGCCGUCUUCUUCGACUUCCAUGUAGUAUUGAGACCGUUUGUUGCGUCUUCAUUUGACUCAGUAGGAACUUCACUUGUGUUGCGGCCGAGUGAACGUCCCGCAUGUACCCUUGUCGAGGAGCUUACGAUUUGGCUUUGAAUGCAAUUUAUUAUUAUAUUGUAUUAAGAGAAAACGCCAUAAAUCGAAGUGGCUUUCGAGCAAUCCGAUUUAAUGACAGCUCGUAUCCAUUUCGUUCUCUAUCAAAUAACGUUUAAAAUGAGCUCUUGUGAUCUUGAACGGUUUUGUUACAAAGCGACUUCGAUGUUUUGCGUGAUUUGUAAUAGGUAUUAAAAUAUUAUAUACAAUUUGUAGAGAUUUUAUAUGUUGUA